AUGGCUUACGAAUCGUUAACUGUUCGAAUGAGCAGAAGUAGCUCUUCGAUUCCAUGGGGUCUUACGUUACGCGCUUCUGGAUCUGACAUUGUUGAAAAAGACAGCCUUGCUGAUAAGGCUGGAGUUCAACCAAACGACAAGGUUGUGGAAGUGGCUGGUAUAAAGGUUCCACAGCUGACAUUAAAUAAAGCUAAUUCACUUCUGUUGGAACCUUCAGCAGAAUUUAGAUUUGUAUUAAGCAGGUAUAUAACGUCGCAUCCGUCAUUGCCAUGGAACUUAACAGAAAAAGAGAAUAAGAUAGUUGUCGAUCAAGUGAAUCCACCAAAACUAACACAGUAUUCUUACUUACCACAAUCGUACAACGAAACAGUGUCUUCGUCGAAGGUUCGCAAUACUGACUCAGUUUUUUACAAGAACUUUUUUACCUCGGAAUCUUUACAGACAGAUGGUAAACAUGAAGUAAAAACUUCUAUUCCGAGGCCAAUAGCCCUUGGUUACGAGCCAGCACCUUUUAAAAGCCCAACCAGCACGAGUGCUAUUGAUGACCACGUUAUUCAGCAAAGGCAUAACUUUCAAAAUGAGUACAAUACGUCAAGCUACACGAAAAAAGAAACUGUUGCUGCAGACACUUACAAACCAGUUUCGUUUACGACAAAUCUCUCCACUUAUAAUCAAAAAAAUGCAAAUUCUGGAUUUGGUCCGUACGUUAGUGACAGUAAAUCUACGGAGCAUCAUCGUAAAACGGAAUAUCAAACCCAAACUAAUACCACUCGUUCGGUGCCCAUCCAGAGUAAUGUCAGUAAAGUAUAUACUGCUUCGUUUCCAGCAGCAAAUCGUCAACAAACAUUUACCCAUAUGGAGUAUCAAGGACCGAAAACAGCAUUCCGUCAUUCGCCCAGGACGGUUCGUCAAUUGUCGCCAACUGCAUCUAUAAAAUACCUACAUUCAAACCCAGCAACUGCUUCUUAUGUCUACGAAACUCCAGCUGAGGAAUACUUAAGAAAAACUGGUGGCCUUUUUGGUACUGACCCAAAUUUAUCUAAGACAAACCAGUCACCAUAUUUGACGUCUGAAACGCGACGCUUAAUAGCUGAAGAAGAAGGUGCAUUAAACCGCCCUGUUUCACCGGCAGCUCAGAGCAGUAGUUUCAAGCGAAUCUCACGAGCUGUUGGAACCCCAGUUAGCUGA